AUGCCUACCUCGCUCGAUUCUUCUCGUCCCAUCAUGGCUCCCUCUGUGCGUACCUCUGUGCGAUACAGCACAUAUAGCAUGGCGCCCUCAUUUGCCAACACCAUUCAGACAAACGAUUCGGCUCACGCCGAGAUCACCGACAUCGCUGUUGGCCUCGACCGCAUGGAGAACAAGGCCCUCAGCUCUCAAAGGGUUACUCUGAGCGAGGAGAAGAGCGCAAACCUGAGCAAGCUAGCUCUGGGUGCCAAGUUGGAACGCGCGCUGGACAGGAGAAUGAGCAGCCAGGAUGCCGUCAUGCGUCCGCGCGGCAAGACCUUGAACGAGAAGCCUGCUCAGGCUGCGUAG